AAUUCAGACGACUUGGGCCCUAAAAAUCCCAAAUCAUAAUCUGCGUCAAACAGAGGACAUUCAGAUUUCAGACGUCUGUGUGGGUGUGGAGUUUCUAGAACCUUCUCUUCUGUGCUCCUCAAUCCGCCGUUGGUUUUAGAUCCCGUCUUCGACCCCUCCCGUAAUCCCGUUCCCGAGGAGAGAUCUUCCACCUGAAAUACAAAUGUAAUCUUGGAUCGUCUCCUUUUCAAACCAAGAACGAGAUUGCAUUUGCUGUGUUGCGGUUUUCGUGUUCGUCUGUUGGAUUAUCACUCUAUUGGAUGGGCUAGGAUGGACCCGCCCUUUAGUAUCUAAAAAUUAAUCAAGCCUUUUUCUUCCGGUGUUCUGGCGGGAGCAGUGUAAUGGACGGGAUUCAUGCGAGCGAUGGACGGAUGCAUAUGGGCCAUGCACAGCAUUCGAUACAAUCUGUGCAAGACCCGGAACAUCAUGACUUGCACUAUAUGAGCAAUGGGAAUGGAAUGUCCGAUGAGCAUGAAAAUGAAGGUCAUGGUAUCAUGGUUGUGGAAAGGGAAGCUCCAUCCGACCAUGGUGAUCUUGCUGAGAAUCGUGGUGUAAUGGUGGAUCGAGGAGGCGAUAACUGUGAUCAGCUGACCCUGUCAUAUCAGGGUCAAGUUUACGUCUUCGAUUCUGUCUCGCCUGAAAAGGUUCAAGCCGUGUUAUUAUUAUUGGGAGGUCGUGAAGUACCUUUGCGUGUUCCUUCAAUCCCAAUAAGUAAUCAACAAAAUGAUAGGCACCUCACUGAUGAAGCAUUUAACCAGGCACUUGCCAGUAUCCCCCCACGUCUAAGUGUCCCUCAGAGAUUAGCUUCUUUGAUUAGAUUUCGUGAAAAGCGAAAGGAACGUAAUUUUGACAAGAAAAUUCGGUAUACAGUUCGUAAAGAGGUAGCACUUAGGAUGCAGCGUAAUAAAGGUCAAUUUACAUCUUCUAAACCCAUUCAUGAAGAUUCAUCAUCAGCCAUAACAAGUUGGGAAUCAAAUGAGAGCUGGAGCACUGAUGGCAACGGAUCCCAACAACAAGAAAUUCUCUGCCGACACUGUGGUACAAGUGAGAAAUCUACACCAAUGAUGCGACGUGGACCUGAUGGGCCAAGAACCCUUUGCAACGCUUGUGGACUCAUGUGGGCAAACAAGGGAACUCUGCGGGACCUCUCAAAAGCACCAAACCAGGGUGGACAAGCUUCAACCUUAAACAGAAACGAGAAUGUUUUGCAGAAUGGAGAUUCUGAGUCCGAUCCAAAAAGUGCUUAGUCGUACGACAGGUGUUUAUGAUUGCUGUCUGAGGCAUUUAGAAAGAAAUCAGACGGGCUCCUACAGAUUAGAUUGAAAAGGGUUAGUCAAAUUUUACACCAAUGAGUAAUUGGAUUACGCUUCCCACCCAUCGACCGAGUCUUGUAUCUUCUGGCCAAUUCAUCUUGAAAACAACAGGGGUACUGUGCUCGUGUAGUGAUGAUUUAUUAGCAUUUCCUAUUAUAUUGUGAACUGUCUCAACAUGUUGAAAUUCUUAGAAAUCUUGUAAAUUAGUCAUUUGUUGCAGUUGUACAAUGGAUGGGUUUUUUAAUCAAUUUUUUUUCUUCA